AUCGUGUUUUUAUUAUCAAAAGAGCAAUUUUAUCUAUAAGCAAUUCCGUGGGUCAAAUAUUCUGUCAAAUUUGUGGUGCUUUUUCAUACGUAGACCCUUACUACAAAUUGUUGCUUUUUAAAAUUUGUUGUUUUGGUUGCAUGAAACAUAAUAAAAUCGCCUAAAAUAUUUGCACCUAAGGCAACCAAAAUAAAUAAAACGCUGCCGUGGGCAACAAACGAGCAGCGAGAGUGAACCAUAACGGCAACGUAGUUUUGGGAAUAUAUUUUCUAAUGGAUCCCGCUAAGCAACUAGGAAUUGGGAAAGAGCAGGCGAGAAUAGAGCAUUUGGCGCGUCGCAAUUUCGAGAAGAAAUGGUCUCAACUUGGUGAUGCAAAGUUGAACAGGUUCUACAAUCAAAACGAGGUCAAUCAACAGCUGCGCGAUAUACUGAAAAACAAAGAGCUCUGCUCUUACAAAUAUACGGGCAAUGGAGACUCAUAUUUCGUCUCACCGGACAUGUACAAUUCAUUGCUAGCGAAAUGUCGUUGCGGUCGGAAGCGCAGUGAAACACACAUUUUAAAAUGCCUACAAAAGGCGGAAAGUCCAAAUAGUCAGCGUGCAACGUCAGCCGAUCUCAGUAAUUCAGCGCAGCCUCAGAGUUCCGAAAAUGCAUGCCAACCAACGGCGAACAGAAGCAAGAGUGCGGUCAACACCUCUUUUCCAAGAACCUCAAAUUCGUUAAUUGGUUGGCAAAAACGUCCUUCCAGCUACAAACAAUGGGAGAACUCAAUGAAACACAUAUCACCGAUUGCUACUAUGCCUCAACCACGACUGACUGCCACUUCAUAUAAUAUUCUUCACAUUGCCUAAAAACUUAAUUUUUAAAUUUUUGAAAAAAAAAUUAUUUUUAUAAUAUUAACCAUCUCUUUAGAUAUGUAGGUGCAACUUUCCACAUAAUUCUCUUUUCGUUAGUGGGAAAAUCGCUCGCCUCAGCUCUUCAGUUGA